AUGGCCGGUGUCCCCGGCCCGCUCCGCCUGGUGCUCCUGCUGCUCGGGACGGUGGGCAGGGCCGGCCCCCGCCCCCAGGGUGCCACUGUGUCUCUGUCGGAGACAGUGCAGAAAUGGCGGGAAUACCGGAAAGAUUGCCAGCAUUUCCUGACUGAGUCUCCACCCCCAGCCACAGGCCUCUUCUGCAACCGGACUUUUGACGACUAUGCCUGCUGGCCAGAUGGGUUACCCGGCUCCUUCGUGAACGUCAGCUGCCCCUGGUAUCUGCCCUGGGCCAACAGCGGUGAGCCCCACCACUACAUCUCUUCCUUGCCCUGUAUCCAGGAAGCUGAGGCGUGGGGACACCUACACUGCACCCGGAACUACAUCCACCUGAACCUGUUUGCAUCCUUCAUCCUCCGUGCUCUGUCCGUCUUCAUCAAGGACGCAGCCCUCAAGUGGAUGUACAGCACAGCUGCCCAGCAGCACCAGUGGGAUGGACUCCUCUCCUACCAGGACUCUGUGGGCUGUCGCCUGGUCUUCCUGCUCAUGCAGUACUGCGUAGCAGCCAAUUACUACUGGCUUCUGGUGGAGGGGGUGUACCUGUACACGCUGCUGGCCUUCUCAGUUUUCUCCGAACAGCGCGUCUUCAGAAUCUACCUGAGCAUAGGCUGGGGUGUUCCCCUGCUGUUUGUUACCCCCUGGGGCAUCAUCAAGUACCUCUAUGAGGAUGAGGGUUGCUGGACCAGGAACUCAAACAUGAACUACUGGCUCAUUAUCCGCCUGCCCAUCCUCUUUGCCAUUGGAGUGAACUUCCUUAUCUUUGUCCGGGUCAUCUGCAUCGUGGUGGCCAAACUGAAGGCCAAUCUUAUGUGCAAGACAGACAUCAAGUGCAGACUUGCCAAGUCCACGCUGACGCUUAUCCCGUUGCUGGGGACCCACGAGGUCAUUUUUGCCUUCGUGAUGGAUGAGCACGCCCGGGGGACGCUGCGCUUCAUCAAACUGUUCACAGAGCUCUCCUUCACCUCCUUCCAGGGACUGAUGGUGGCCAUCUUGUACUGCUUUGUCAACAACGAGGUCCAGAUGGAGUUUCAGAAGAGCUGGGAGCGCUGGAGGCUGGAGCACUUGCACAUCCAGAGAGACAGCAGCAUGAAGCCCCUUAAAUGUCCCACCCACAGCCUGAGCAGCGGGGGCACCGUGGGCAGCAGUGUGUACGCAGCCACCUGCCAGGCUUCCUGCAGCUAA